AUGGACUUGCUUUGCCAAAAGUUGUUCUCAUUCCGGCUGGAGUGGACUGUAGUUUCGACCUCAGCUCGGUUUUAUCAACAUCCCCAGCAGGAGACAAACCGUGACCGUGCGGCAUGUAAGCUUGACACGUUAACCACGAGUUCGACUCCUUCUAAGGCUGUUGAUAAGAUAGAUGCGAGGACAUUUGAAGUGCCGCCCGAUAGUUGGACAAUCUGGCUUGUGUUUACUUUCCAUAAGGUUACACUUCUCGACCCAGGAGGCGCACACAAUCACGAUUACCGCCAAACCGCAACGGUCAAGCCUCACACGGCCAGUCUUCGGGGACCCGUUUAUACUCAGUGUAAAACAAUCCGUCGUCGUGGUCACUGUUUACGUCAUUUGGACCAGCGCACCGAGCUAAUCCACAUAAAUACACACGUACACACACACAUAUAUAUAUAUAUGGACACACACACACACACAUGCUUUGCAGCUAUGGCGCUGGUGGACUUCCCAGGGUCUCCUGCUGCCUUGUGCCAAUCAUGUCCGCGGAGGGGUCUCUACGCCUAUACCACAGUGCACCAUUGGCGAACAGGAAUAAACGAGCAUUUACGAAAAGUGGAAGACCUCUUAUCUGCCGGUUGCUGCUCUGUUUGGAGUAACUCUUCAUUCAUCACUCUCGCUCCAUUUAUCUGGCACUAUUGGCACAAUAAACAUCUAUUUAGAUUACCGCGUCGAUCACACAAUUCUUGGAGGAAUUGGCAUAAGAAGGUCCUAUCUUCGUUUGAGUUUGGAGGUGGAAAAGGAAAAGGUCGAGGUGUUUUGCCUCUUUCGGUUGGUCUACCUCCAGACUUGAGCCCUGUAUAG